AUGGCCGUCGCCUGGAAUUGCCCGGUCCUGAAGCUGUCGCAUCACGGCUCGCGUGGCUCAACACCGCUGGACCUCCUUGAAAAAGUGAACCCAGAGCGCUGCGUGUGGCAUACUGAUCCGGAGGUGCUCGAGAGACUCCACGAUCACUACGCAGCUACUGGCGAUGAAGCAGAGAACCACCGAUCCGGCGGUAAUCUUCGAAGCCGAGGGCUCCCUAAGGAGCUCUCCCAAUACAUGGAGCGCCUCGUCAACCUGUGGUUUCGCAUUGUCGAGAACCACAUGCCGAUUGUGGGAUUCCCGCCGAAACCUGGUCAAUACGUGAGAGUACCUUCUAAUCUAGCUGUCUACUUUUUCUCCUUCCAGCGCAUCGCAACAUCUAUACCAGACAAGGCAAUCAAAAAUGCCAAGGAAAAGGCAUCCAAAGAGUGGAGGGAGGCAUGUGGCGUUGAGCCUGAUGUUCUGGAACGCUCCAGACAAGCAUAUCACUCGGCCAGUCUCAAUGAGAUUCCUAUCGAGGAACUUGGAGAAGAGCGUCUUCGCAAGAAAUACGCGCAGGCAGUCUUCCGGGAAAUGCUACAACAGUUCAUGAUUAAGCAUUUUGUGGAUGAUAGCGAUCAUCCGAGCUGGCCCACAUUCUAG